AUGCCAGGCGUAUUCUCGAAGCUACUCCCGGUCAUUGGUAGUGCAUAUGGAGCUCAAAUACUGUUCGCGUCAAUAUUCGUCCCUCAGCACAACGACAAAUUCUACGAUCUCUGUGGUUCUGUGGGCUACCUAUCGACCAUAGGAAUGUCACUGUAUUUUCCGGCGUUGAAGGCGAAAUAUCUGGAAGGCACCCUGGCAUCAUUGCCCUCGAUCUUGUCAUUUGCACCUAGGCAAGUGUUGAUAAGUGCUGCGCUGGGCCUAUGGACGGCGCGGUUAGGGACAUAUCUUGCUUCAAGAGCUAUCCAAGCCGGCGGCGACUCUCGGUUUGAUGAGAUAAAGAUGCACCCAAGAAGAUUCAGUUUCUAUUGGGUUGCCCAAGCCACUUGGAUCCUUCUCGUUGGAUUGCCAGUCUACCUGUGCAACAUUGCGCCGGUUGGUAUUCAUCCACCUCUAGGCACACGGGAUUACGCCGCGAUUGGUCUAUUCGCCGGAUCGUUCAUCUUCGAGGUUGUGGCGGACAUGCAGAAGCACUACUGGCGCAAAGCCAAAGAUGCCAAGCAGCAUGACGAGAAGUUCCUAACCUCUGGCCUUUGGGGCAUCAGUAGACAUCCGAACUACGUCGGUGAGAUAGGCGUACAGACUGCCAUAUGGCUGCUUUCCACGUCUUCCCUUCAAGUGGCGUACUAUCCACGGGGCAUGGUCGCCCUAGCCAUGGCAAGCCCUCUGUUCACAUAUUACAUCCUCCGAAAGCUUUCGGGGGUGCCUCCUUUGGAAAGACAGGGGGAUAAACGCUUUGGUUCUGACCCCAAGUGGCAAGAUUACAAGCGAACCGUUCCGGUCUUCUGGCCUUGGGGAGGAUACCAGGCAUAA